GAUAAAUAUAAUAGCUUUCCUACUUCAAUAGAAGUAGCAACCAAUAUGAUUAGUAUAUCUAAUAAUGCAACAAAAUUUGCUGCAUGCAAAUUUUGUUGCAAACUAUAUAAUAUAAAAGAUAUAUCAACAAAGAAAGCAGGACAAAACCUAAAAAUACUUCGCUGUAUUCAUGUGGAAUUACCCAACUAUAUUAAUAUCAGCAGAAGAGUAUCAUUUAACGCAAUACUUUCAAAGAAAGUCAAGGUAAAAGAUAGCAUAGUCAGAAAGCCAAUAUCUAUUUAUCCUGUUAUAAACCUUUAA